GCUUCCUCUGCCAGAGCCUUUUCGAUUCUAGAAGAUGAGGCUCUUCAGCACAUCUCCAUCCUGCAGACUCAGCGUGGGAGCGUGGGUUGCUCAACAAACGAACAUGGUGUGGGGGACGUUCACACCGCAGCCGCUUCCGGGGAAAGACGACCAAUCACAUCGGUCUGCUGCAGCUUCGGCUCUGUCCCCGCACGUAUCCCCGCAAGUCGAUGAAAAGUUUCUCGGGCCUUUGAAGACGAUGACGAUGUUGCGGACGAUUUUCUGCUUCUGGCAGCGAAAGAUGCCCGUCGAACGAUGCGGCGGUCAGCGGACAUGGACGACGGUAGCGCAGUACGUGUUCACACACAAUGGGUAAGGCUCGAUGGAGACAUCGGCGCCGGAAAACAUCUCAGGGUUAUUGUAUAAGAGAAGCGACUUGCGCUGCGAAGUGAUCAGCAAACACCUCGAGCUUCCAGCCUUUCGAUCCACUAUUCACGCUGCAAUCGAGAUGGUGAACUUCAAGUGGGCAACCGCAGCAGCCCUGCUUUUUGGGCAGGCGACUGCAUCUCCUCAGUCGCAGAUGUUCGAGAAGAGACAAGCUAGUGGUGCAGAACCGGCUGUGAUCAUCCCUGGAGCUUCUUCCUACAACGGGCUCAACCUUGUCCCCCAGAUGGGAUGGGACAACUGGAACGCGUUCCAGUGCGAUGUCAAUGAGAGUCUACUGCUCACCACCGCGCAAGAUAUGGUUGCGUUCGGUCUCCGCGACCUUGGAUACAAUUACAUCAUUCUCGACGAUUGCUGGUCGGUUGGCAGAAACGAGAGCGGCUACCUUGUUGAAGACAGCUACAAAUUCCCGAGCGGUAUGAAGGAAGUUGCCGACCAAAUUCACAAACUGGGCCUCAAGUUUGGCAUGUACUCUUCUGCCGGUGUCUUGACUUGCGGUCGAUACCCAGGUUCGCUAGGGUACGAGCAGAAGGAUGCCGACCUCUGGGCUUCUUGGGGCGUCGACUACCUGAAGUACGACAACUGCUUCAACCAGGGCCAGUCUGGAACUCCCAAGUUGUCUUUCGAUCGCUACAGUGUCAUGUCUGAGGCUCUCAACGCAACCGGCCGCGACAUCAUCUACGCCAUGUGUAACUGGGGAAAUGACGACCCAUUCGACUGGGCCUACAGGAUCGCAAACUCUGGACGCAUGUCUGGUGACAUUUACGACUCUUUCAACCGUCCGGAUGAUCGCUGCCCCUGCACUGAAGCUAUUGGCUGCGCUUGGCCAGGGUUCCACUGCUCCGUUAUGAAUAUCUUGAACAAGAUGCCUGCCAUCACCUCCCGUACCAUGUCUGGCUAUUUCAACGACAUGGAUAUGCUCGAGGUUGGCAACGGCGGCCAGAGCGAUUCCGAGUAUGUCGUUCACUUCAGCAUGUGGGCUAUCAACAGCUCGCCCAUGCUCAUCGGCACAAACGUCGGCACUCUGUCUCCCGCCAAUCUUGCCAUCUACUCCAACCCCGCCAUCAUCGCUAUCAAUCAGGAUACUUCAGCCAGUGCUGCCAAGCGUGUCUGGCGCUACCUGGUUGAUGCGGACGAGACCGGCGAGGGCGAAAUCUCGCUUUGGACCCGCAGCCUGGCGAACGGUGAUCGUAUCGUUGCUCUUUUGAACGCUGGCAACACGACUCGCACAAUGAACGCUACCAUCAACGAGGUCUUCUUUGACGAGCGCACCGCAGGUGCCUACCGCGCCCCGGCUCAGCUCAGCCAGACUUGGGACGUCUACGACCUGUGGGCGAACCGUAUGUCCGAGGCCGAGGCUGGCGCCAUUCUAGCUGGCAUGAACGGUACUACUGUACAGAUCAGCAGCAACAGCACGACCAGGUUCAACGCCUCCGCCAUGUCCUAUGCUGAUGGUGUCAAGGCCAUGCACCCUGCUCUCUGGGGGCAAAAAGUUGGCACCCUUGCCCCUGGCGGCCGCUUCGAGGCUGAGAUCGAGAGGCACUCGGUCGGAGUUUACAGGCUGAAGUCCCAGGAGGCAAGCAUGACGAAGAGGGACGAGCUCUAGGUGCUUGGACCAUGACUAAUGAACCAACAAAAUUGUACAUUUGUGUAAUCAGAUUCCUGCACAGCCAGAC